UCUUUCCUACACCGAAGUACCUGAAUUGUGCAAUAGCGGCUGUUAUCUGGUCAUUUUGGCCAGAUUUAUAAAUAAAACUGCGAAGAUGAGUGGGCGACGAGUGGGCAGCGUAUUAGCCCUGGGUGCCACCGCCUUGGGCGCCUUCUACCUGGGUUCCCACGUGGAGCGGGAACGUCGGAACGACGGUUUCGCCAAUAGCCUUCCCCGCCUGCCGGGAUUACCCACCUUUGGAACUGUUUCGGCGGCCAGUUUGAUUCCUGCCCAAGAGUCGAAUGUGAGCCUGGCGGCGACACCUUCUCGGAUCGGUCAGAUCAUGAAGUACGGCUUCCCGGGACUGGAUCAUGUGCGCUCCCACUCGGACUAUGUGCUAUCCUACGAUCGGAGGAACCGAGUGCCCCACUGGGUGUUCGAGCACCUGACGGCGGAGUCGGUGGCCAAGAACGAUGCCGUGGAUCGAGCUAAAUGUGAUUUUAAACAGGACGAGAGCAUCCACCCGUUCUUCAGGUCCCAGAACACGGACUACAGGCGAUCCGGCUAUGAUCGCGGGCACAUGGCCGCGGCUGGCAACCAUCGACUGCACCAGAAGCACUGCGACGAAACCUUCUACCUGUCCAACAUGGCGCCACAGGUGGGCCAGGGAUUCAACCGAGACGCGUGGAACACCUUGGAGUCGCAUGUGCGCAAACUGACCAAGACCUACUCCAAUGUAUACGUCUGCACGGGUCCACUUUACCUGCCCCACAAGGAGGACGACGGAAAGACCUACGUGAAGUACGAGGUCAUCGGUGCGAAUACGGUUGCUGUUCCUACACACUUUUACAAGGUGAUCGUGGGCGAAUCACCGGACCACAAACUUCACAUGGAGUCAUAUGUGAUGCCCAACCAGGUGAUCAGCAACGACACUCCCAUCAGUGUGUUCCAGGUUCCGCCUGAGAGCGUGGAGCGCUCGGCGGGAUUGCUAUUCUUUGACCAGAUCAAUCGCAAACAACUAGCCACCAUUAACGGAAAGAAAGUCUAGUCAAUGGCUUAGGUUGGUUUUAGUGUAUUUGACCAGGGAUAACCCCUUGUAUAAUGUAAUUUUUUUCUUUUCCAAAGAACUUGUGGAUUAAUAAAGUAAACAAUUAAUACAGA